UCUACAUAUGUGUCAGACAGAACUCCACUAUCGCAUAACAAUCAUGAGCUGGCAGUGAUAAAGCAUUGCUAAUUUUAUUAGACCGCGACAAAUUUCUUAUUGUCAAUGUUAUCAUUACCAUUACCAUGUUACCAUCUCAUUUGCCAAUACAUCUUAAAAGUGAAAUGUACAUCUUAAAAAAUUUACCGUUUAUUGGCUUUCUGAGUGCUUGUUUUACCAGCUGCCAAGGGUUUGUUAAAUCGAAUCCAGAGAAAUCCUAUGCUGCCUCAACAAUGGAACUGAUGAAGCUGCUAGAGGUGGAGGAUGAACUGGUAGACAAUUUAAAUGGCUAUGUGAAAACACUGAAAAUGAAAUUCAAUUUAAUGGAAAGAUCCCUAAUAGAUAUGAGUAUAGAGCACAGGGAAAUGAAAAGUGAGUAUGAAUCGUACUUAGGAAAUCCAUUGAACAGCUUUCGACUAAUACAUCGCCUACACACGAGUUGGAGAAAAUGGUAUCAAUAUGCCAUUAGGAUCGAGAAUAAUGCUUUAGUGCACAUUGAGAAUGCCCGACUGAUGAGAAAGAUGCUACCCACCUCGUCGGAUUUGCAGCAGGCGUGUCGUGGAAUCCAUGACUUGAUGUCCUUUUACGAUCUGAAGCCAGAAGAACUGGCAGCUGGUAAUUUAGCAGGGCACUCGCAGCCAGAAACAGGACUGACAGCUUACGAUUGCUUAGCCCUUGGCGAGUUUGGCGUCCAAAAUAGAAAGGAUGAUCUUGCCGAGGCUUGGUAUAACCUCUCUUUGACUCGUUUUGAAGAUAUAUUCGACAAAUACCAAGUGCACAAGGCAUGGGCACUUCUCCUGGCGAAGAAUAAGCAACUUACCGAAGCCUUUCACCACUUCGAGAACAAGCCAGAGGAAAUAGUCGCCAGCAAUGAAGUCAUACACUUUGAGGGUGUGUUGGCGACUAAGCAGAACUGCACUGCUGUGAUCCAAAAACCAAGUCGACUCCACUGUCGGUACAACACCUCCACGACGCCCUUCACGCGGAUUGCCCCUCUUAAGAUGGAGGAGCUGAGCUUAGAUCCGUACAUGGUGGUCUUUCACGAUGUGGUUUACGACACCGAAAUUGAUGGAAUGCUAAACUCAAGUAAUUUUGGAAUUUCCGAGUCCGUUUCUGGUCUGAAGUCGGAGGUGAGAACGUCCAAGGACUCACAUAUAGUAGAUUCUAAAACACUCAAUGAGCGCGUAACCGAUAUGACCGGACUCAGUAUGGAAAUGAGCGAUCCAUUUUCGCUGAUUAAUUACGGCUUAGGUGGGCACUUCAUAUUGCACCAUGACUUUCAUGAAUAUACGAAUACGACCAGGCUUAAGCGAGGGGAUCGUAUAGCUACUGUUUUGUUCUACCUGGGAGAAGUUGACUCGGGUGGCGCCACAAUCUUCCCGAUGCUUAAUAUUACCGUUACGCCCAAGAAGGGAUCAGCGGUCUUCUGGUACAAUCUUCACAACUCCGGAGCUGUAAAUUCGAAAACUUUGCACUCAGCGUGUCCAGUGAUAAGCGGUUCCAAAUACGUGCUAACGAAGUGGAUAAACGAACUGCCGCAAAUGUUUGUCACACCAUGCAUGAAAGACUCGAACCUACACCUAUCCCAAAUUGAAUAAUUCUGUAGUCCGAACUCAAAUCCCUAAAAUUAAAUUUGUUUUCCCUUUUCCGGAUGAUACCCGUGUUCUAUGGACAAUGAACUGAAAAAACUUGUCUUUAGUGAGUUGUGCCAUGGAGGCGUUGAAAUCAUUAAUCUAUUCUCCUAUUUCUUAAGCUGAACUCGAUGCGAUGGAGAAUAACAAUCCUGAGCUGACAGUUCUGCUCUGGAAGUCUCUUCUUUCACUGAUGCUAUAUUUCUUCAUUAACUUACAUUGGAUUAAAGUAUCCUUCCAAGAUACCAUAUUAACCAUAUACCAUAUAUCAGGCUAUUAAUUUUACGAUAAGCGGCCAAUGAGUUAAAGUUAUCGGUUAUGGUGUAACAUAAUUAGUCAAGCUUAAUAUAGCGCAUACAACGGAAGUAGAAAAAAAACCCAUUUACUAUGAGCAUCUUGUCAGAUUAGCGCGUUCUAAUAAAGUUUAAAAUAAAGUUACCAUUUUAUUAUAUUA